AACUUUCAAACUCAAGGAACACUUGGAAUAUGGCGUCACAAGUCGUUGUAGAAAGUGAGGGUUCUAAAUCAACUGCGAUGGAAGGCGAAACUAGUGCAAGCAAGAGUUCUGUCUUAGAUGAAAACAAUGAAUUAGAGGCUGGUCCUUCAUCGUCGUCUUCCUCCACAUCAGCCGCUGAUAAACGAGCGGAAAGAAUGAAGAGAUUGAGAGAGCUUCAUCUAAGAAGGAAUGAAGCACGUAAAUUAAAUCAUCAAGAAGUGGCAGAAGAAGAUAGGAGAAAGAAGCUACCUAAAAACUGGGAAGCUGUGCAGCGAAGAGUAGAAUGGGAGAACAAAGAAGAAGAGGCUAAAAAGGAAGCUGAUUCACGGGGAGAAGAUUAUGACAGAGUAAAGUUGCUUGAGAUAUCUGCAGAGGAUGCUGAUAGAUUUGAGAGAAAGAGGAAAAAGAAGAACCCUGAUCAAGGUUUUUCAGAUUUUGCUGCAGCUCAAUACAGACAAUACCAACGCCUCACCAAGCAAAUGAAACCUUCAAAUGAAGAUUACAAGAAAGAGGUUGAGCAAAAAGGGGAAGCCAUGUUUCCCACUGUAGAUGAUGUCAGCUAUGGAGGGCAAGGAAAAGUUCCAAAGGCUGCUGUAGACAGAAUGGUUGCAGACUUAGAAAAACAGAUUGACAAACGAGAAAAGUACAGCCGAAGAAGAGCUCACCUGGAUGAAGAAGAUAUAGAUUACAUCAAUGAACGCAAUAUGAAAUUCAACAAGAAACUGGCAAGGUUCUAUGAUCCAUUCACUGCUGAAAUCAAACAGAACCUAGAAAGAGGCACUGCAAUUUAGGCAGUUAAUUACUAAAUUCAUUAUCUUCUUUGAGAACUAAAUUUCAGAAAAAUGUAUGUAGCAGCUAGAAAGGAGAUCUGAAAAUCAGAUAUCAGCAGUAGAGGGUUGGUAGUUCAAGUGAUGUUUCAAUUCAGAGUGCAUGUGUUGUUUCAAUAUUUGGCUUUCAGUCACUCUUGAGAUAGUAGGAAUCUUAUAAAAAAGUGACUUCCCAUUUAUUUUGUAGAAAAGUAGUGCUGACAGUUGUACAGUGGACAUGGAAAUUAGGCAGGGGUCAAAACGUCAUUUUUUGUGAGAUUUUUAAAAGAUGUUUGGGUCAGCUGCAUGUGCAGAAGGUUAUAACAGAAUUGUGAUGUCAUUUAUUUUUGAGGUUAGUGUACUUCAAGUUAAUGUUGCAUGAUUUAUGUUAUUGAUUAUUAAUUUACCAUUUAAGUGUACAUGAUUUUUUUUAUCAAACUUUCCCGCAUACUGAAGUCAAUGUACUUCACCUUUAUGUUGCAUGAUUCACGUUUUUGGUUAUGUAAUUUACUGCUUAAGUAUGAGUGAUUUUUAUCAAACACUCCUUAUACUAUGGUAUUUAAGUUUGAAAAUGUGGGUGAAAACUGGAUUCAGGCUUGCACGUCCAUAUCCUUGGAUAUUUCCCACUGAAUGCACAACAAUCUCUUGUUUAAGGUCACCUUUAAUCACAUAGCAUUUCAACGUAAUAAUACGACAGAUGACAAAUCCUGUGUCAAGUGAACACCCGUGGACCUUAGUAUAAGGUUUCCUCCUAGUAUAGAGUUUGGACUAUUAUGUUGAUGAGAUAAAUAUUAAUAGGUGAAAGAGAUUUCUUGAAUGAAUGGAGUAUAACCUUAAACUGUAAUCUAUAAAAAAUAAAGCUCGAAUCUCUUAAUUAAAGAAAGGGCUUAAGUUCAGAGCACUUUGAUGGUUUUCUACUAAAAACAAGUCUGUGUUUUAAUAAAUAAUAGACUGUUACAGGA